AUGGAACAACAUAGUGGACGUAACAAAGACAGAUUGGGAAGCAUACAAGACGACAAUGGCGAAGUUCAUGUGUACGGUAGUCUGAAAGAUGACGCGUACAAUGAGCAAACAAACUACAUGAGAGAAAGAACAACCGAUGGGUUUGACUACAAAGCAGUGGUGGCUGCGAUUGCAGACGAUGAAUCGAUACUUGAAGUCUUUAUUAAGGACAUGAAUGCUUUGAAACGACACUGCGGCGGCGGCGUUAACUUCAAAGAUUGGUGGAACGAAGGUGGCUUAAGUGACACCGAAUUGAGACGGAUUGUGACAACAAGAGUCCCAUUGGAAUGGCAGCAGAGACUGCGUCUACAAGACAUUGGACACAAAUACCGAGAUGAAGGGGAGAUCAGCAGUAUUAUAGACUUCUUCACCCUAUUGGAAACUAAUGAACAACUAAGAAACCGCCGAGGAUCGGCAAGAAUGACCCCACGUGGAAGAACAAUGCCUGCGCGAGGCGGCAAUCAAGGAUUUCGAAACAGACAACAAAGAGGCCCAUUAAGACAAGGAUACAACCAAUCAAACAGAAAUAGACCGGCAGGUCCCAACCGAUACCAGAAUAAUCAUAGCCAAGGAUAUGGCAACAGACAAGCGCAACCUAGUAGGUACCAACCACCGCGGUAUCAAGGAUCCUACAACACAGGCGGUCGAACAGGAAACUCGACGAGAGGGAAUGCAGUCGGCGGACGUUUCGGUGGCCAACGAAAUGAUCGACGACCCUUCCAAGGACAGAACAACUGGCGGCCAAGGCCAGGCGGAAACUUUGGCAAUAGUGGAGGCAGAAAUCAACCUCCACGACGGACUGAAGGAUACUACGCUUCAAGAAGACGGAAUGAAGCAUUCUACCAUGAACCUAUGGUGGAAACAGUAGAAGAAGAAGAUGAAGAGUGGGAGCAAGCCGAGGAUGAGCAAUACCACAUCAGAGAAGAACAGGACCAGGCUUACCACCAGGAUGAGGCAGAAGAGCAAUUGGUGGAUCAAUGGAACGAUCAGUUCUAUGUCUACGAUGAAGAUGACGAUGGACAGGAUCAGGAAGAACAGGGCUACCAAUUGAUGGAUGAUGACAACAACUAUGAUUGCGGCUAUGGCUACCAGGGCUAUGGUCGCGAGCAUUUUUAG